CACGUGUACCAUUUACAAAGCUGAACUUUUCUUCUCCCUCCCCACCUACAGCCACAACUAACAAAAUCAAAACAUUAAUGAUUUUGAAAAUUACAGGAAGAUGCAAAAUAAGUUUUAUAAAUGCAUGUUGCCUUUGCCAUUAUUUUUUUCAUUCAAUUAAUUCACAACGAUCUGAGAACCAAAGACGAAGCAGAGGAAGACAGCUACAGAACAACAGUGAAAAGGAUCAUAAUAUGGAUAUUGUAAGAAAAGAGGGUUUCUUGAGGCUAUUUGCAAUUUUAUUCUUGGUUUUGACUGCUUGUUUGAUGGGAUUUGAUUCUCAAACUAAACUCCUCUUUGAUACAGUCGAAAGAAAAGCCAGCUUCAAAGAUCUGAAUGCCUUGUUUGUUUUGGUGUGGAUUGAUGCUGCAGUUGCCAGUUAUAAUGUACUCCAAGUGUUAAGAUGUUUCCUCAUUCCAACUACUUCGAAGGGAGAUAUUAAACAAAUGUCUUACAAGAACUAUUGGCUGUUUUUCUUCUUAGACCAGGCAGCUGUGUACACAGUAUUUGCAGCACAAUCAGCAGCAGUUGAAGCAUCAGCAAUAGCAUUGGCUGGAGUGAGAAGUUUGCAAUGGAUGAAACUUUGCAAUAGAUUCACAAGGUUCUGUAUCCAAAUUGGAGGUGCUUUAUUAUGUGGCUAUGCUGCUAUCCUUCUAUUGGUUGUGGUCUCCUCACUUUCUGCCUUUCAAUUAUUCAGACUCUACUCACCUAAGAAGUUCCUUCAACUUAAAGGCAAAUUAAAUGAUGAUCACCUGCUUUCUAUGUAAAUUUAUUAAUUACGGAGUGCACUAUGUAAACUUAUACAGUUAUACCUCAGUCAGAAAUAUUUAUUUUCAUGUACGCACAAUUAUAUUUAUCUUGUACGAGUAAUUGACUACUAAGGGAAGAUAGCAAAAUAAUUAAAGAAAGAGAGAGUUAAUAUUGUGAAAAGAAUUGAUCAUACAGUUCUGUUCAAUUGGUACUGUAGAAAGAAUAGAUGUGGGGUCCAGUAGUUAAAUU